GUCUUUUCCUCGCCCGGCUAGGGGGAAGUGAGCGACCGUUCGGAUUGUGUGUCAGGGAGCUCUCGGGGACCCGAGCGCGGCGACCGCGACCCCGCAGCCUUCCCGCCAGUUCUCCCCGAGCUCUUCCCGCCGCCUGCCGCCGAUAGAGCACUCACUCUUCGGCCAUGAAGCCAGCGAAAAGUAAAACUCCUAGGAAGCCACUUCCAAAGAAAGGAACCCAAUCAAGUCUCAAAGAUCCAGUUGGGGUAUACUGCAGGGUUCGCCCCCUGAGCUUUCCAAAUCAGGAGUGCUGCAUUGAAGUGAUCAGUGAUAAUACAGUUCAGCUUCAUACUCCUGAAGGAUACAGAGUAAACAGAAAUGGAGACUAUAAGGAGACGCAGUAUUCCUUUAAACAAGUAUUUGGCACUCUUACCACUCAGAAGGAACUCUUUGAUGUUGUUGCUAACCCAUUGGUAGAUGACCUCAUUCAUGGCAAAAAUGGUCUCCUUUUCACCUACGGUGUUACAGGAAGUGGAAAAACCCACACAAUGACUGGUUCUCCCGGUGAGGGGGGUCUUCUGCCUCGUUGUUUGGACAUGAUAUUUAAUAGUAUAGGAUCAUUUCAAGCGAAGAGAUAUGUUUUUAAGUCCAAUGAUAGGAAUAGUAUGGAUAUCCAGUGUGAAGUUGAUGCCUUGUUAGAACGGCAGAAAAGAGAGGCCCUGCCCACUCAAAAGACUCCUAGCAAGCGACAGAUUGAUCCAGAGUUUGCAGAUAUGAUAAAUGUGCAAGAAUUUUGCAAAGCAGAAGAAAUUGAUGAAGACAGCGUCUAUGCUGUAUUUGUAUCUUACAUUGAAAUCUAUAAUAACUACAUAUACGAUUUAUUAGAGGAGGUACCAUUUGAUCCUAUAAAACCAAAAUGGAACAGUUGCAACACUCCUGUGAGGAACGCAGAUUUUGUACCUCCACAAUCUAAAAUGCUGCGUGAGGAUAAGAAUCACAACAUGUAUGUUGCAGGAUGCACAGAAGUAGAAGUAAAGUCAACUGAAGAAGCUUUUGAAGUUUUCUGGAGAGGUCAGAAGAAGAGACGCAUAGCCAAUACUCAAUUGAAUCGUGAAUCCAGUAGGUCACAUAGUGUGUUCAUCAUUAAACUAGCUCAGGCUCCAUUGGAUGCAGAUGGAGAUAAUAUAUUGCAGGAAAAAGAACAAAUCACUUUAAGCCAGUUGUCAUUAGUUGAUCUUGCUGGGAGUGAAAGAACCAAUAGGACAAAAGCAGAAGGCAACAGACUACGUGAAGCUGGCAACAUUAAUCAGUCGCUGAUGACACUAAGAACAUGCAUGGAAGUCCUUCGAGAAAACCAAAUGUAUGGGACUAACAAGAUGGUUCCAUAUCGAGACUCAAAGUUAACUCAUCUAUUCAAAAACUAUUUUGAUGGGGAAGGCAAAGUGCGUAUGAUCGUGUGUGUGAACCCAAAGGCUGAAGAUUAUGAAGAAAGCUUGCAAGUGAUGCGAUUUGCAGAAGUGACUCAAGAAGUUGAAGUAGCAAGGCCAAUAGACAAGGCAAUAUGUGGUUUGACUCCAGGCCGACGUUACAGGAAUCAGGCCUUUAGGGAAGAACUUACACGCCGACUUGAGCUUCGAGGAGGUCCAGUUGGUGAUGAACAAUCAGUUACAGAGAUACUUCUGCAGAGUUUUCCACCCUUAACAUCAUGUGAAAUUCUAGAUGUCAAUGAUGAACAAACACUUCCAAGGUUGAUUGAAGUCAUAGAGAAACGCCAUCAUGUUCGACAAAUGAUGACAGAAGAAUUAAAUAAACAAGUGAUUGCUUUCAGAGCUAUGCUGCAAGAAUUCGAUAAUGCUGUUUUAAAUAAGGAAAAUUAUAUUCAAGGAAAACUAAAUGAAAAGGAAAAAGUGAUCUCAGGGCAGAAAGCUGAAAUAGAACGACUGGAAAAGAAAACUAAAACUUUGGAAUAUAAGAUUGAGAUUUUAGAGAAAACUACUACAAUCUAUGAGGAAGAUAAGCGCAAUCUGCAACAGGAACUCGAAAACCAAAGUCAAAAACUUCAGCGCCAGUUUUCUGACAAACGCAGACUGGAGGCCAGGCUGCAAGGCAUGGUGACAGAGACUACCAUGAAGUGGGAGAAAGAAUGUGAACGUCGUGUGGCUGCCAAACAGCUAGAGAUGCAGAAUAAACUCUGGGUCAAAGAUGAGAAACUGAAGCAACUCAAGGCUAUUGUUACCGAACCAAAGAAUGAUAAGCCAGAGAGACCAUCACGGGAACGAGAUCGAGAAAAGAUUUCUCAAAGAGCAGUUUCUCCAUCUCCAAUACCUCUUUCUUCUAACUAUAUUGCUCAGAUUUCCAACGGCCAGCAACUCAUGAGCCAGCCACAGCUUCAUAGGCGCUCUAAUUCUUGCAGCAGUAUUUCUGUAGCUUCCUGUAUUUCGGAAUGGGAGCAGAAAAUUCCUCCGUACAACACACCUCUCAAUGUCACAUCUCUCGAAAGGCGUAGGCUACAGGAGCCAGGACAAAAUAAAAAUUGUAUCGUAUCAGACAGAAGGCGAGGGAUAUACUGGCCUGGAGGCAGGGAGGUGGUUCCCUCAUAUAAAAAUGAGCUAGCGAUAGAAGAGGAGCAGUGCUGCAGGAAUGCACCACCAAUUCGUCUCCGACACAGACGAUCACGCUCUGCAGGGGACAGAUGGGUAGAUCAUAAGCCUGCUUCUAAUGUGCAAACUGAAACAGUCAUGCAGCCACAUGUCCCCCAUGCCAUCACUGUAGCCGUUGCAAAUGAAAAGGCACUAGCUAAGUGUGAGAAGUACAUGCUGACACACCAGGAACUAGCCUCCGAUGGGGAAAUUGAAACUAAACUAAUUAAGGGUGAUGUUUUUAAAACAAGAGGUGGUGGGCAGUCUGUACAAUUCACAGAUAUUGAGACUUUAAAGCAAGAAUCACCAACUGGUAGGAAACGAAGAUCUUCCACAUGUACCCAAACACAAGAAGUUGCUACAGAGUCCGAGUGGACCGAUGUGGAAACUCGGUGUUCUGUAGCUGUGGAAAUGAGGGCAGGAUCUCAACUUGGACCUGGAUAUCAGCAUCAUGCACAACCUAAGCGCAGAAAGCCAUGAAUUGAGCUUCUCUUGUGAUAAAGGAUUUUUUUUCAUAUUAUUGAUUUCUUUUGAAUCGAACAGCUGUGCUAUUUUGUAAAAACAAAAACUUGCUUUAUUUAACAUUGCAUACCUCGUAGCUGUUGGCUAUGCUAUACACUGGCAAGAGAGCAACACUUCCCCCUUUAUCUCCAAAGACAUCUAUUCAAAUUCUCUAUACAUCCUGCUAUACUUGGGAAUUUCAGAAAGAAAACUCUUCCCUUGUUUGUAUAUUAACUUUUGAUUAUGCUAUUUCAUGUAUAUUUCUGUAUACUCUUAUAGAUAAUCAUGCAAGGCUUUGCCUUGGGGAAAGAGGGUGGUGUAUUUGGCUCAUGUGUUCUUUUAUAGAAUGACUUUUUCCAACUAGGUCUCAUGAUUUUUAGGUUGAAAAUAAAACACAGGCUGCUAUAUAUUUAGCUACAAAAAUGCACUUUAGUACAUGUUUUGCUGAUGAUACAAACUUUCAUAACAAAGUGAAUUCAAUGAUUGUCUUAUCAGAAUUCAUAUUGGAAAGUAAAUUGUGUCGAAUUUCAUAUUCUAUAUACAAAAUCAGUUUUCUGGCAUCUGACUAUGACAAAUGACUUGGGAUAAAAAGCACUAAAAAUAUGAAGUGUUGUAUAGUAUGAAAAGACAUUUUGUUUUAUAUUGCAACUGUAUUAUAUAAAUUAGAAAAAAAUUGUAGGGUAUUUUAUUAAGUGGGACUACCGGUUAAUAAACAUAUACAUAUAUAUAAUGUAUCUUUGUGAACAAUUUGAAAAAUAAAACUAGUAAGCAC